AUGUCCACCCUCGACACCCCAAACUCCGAAGAAUUCCUCGAGCAAUUCAACCAAGCCCUCAACGCCGCGCCCUCGUCGCGACUACGGCAUAUCAUCCGCAACGUAUGCCGGCUUCUCCCGGCCGCUCUCCCAAUCGUCUCUGAUUGCCUUCUCGUCAGCGAGGAGCAGGUUCCCAAGCAGGGUGACACUGACUCUAACUCUAACGCUGGGUCUGACUCUGAAGCAAACGCCAAGGUAGACACAGACACAGCUCAACCUGCUCCAGACGACAGUAUGCCCCCUCGCCUCAAGUCGAAGAAGAGGACGAAGGUCCGGCCGCGGUACGCGGUGUGUGCGAACUGCGGGGUGGAGUAUGACGUUACGAAGAACUCUAGGGAGAGCUGUUGUUUUCAUCCUGAGGAGGCUGUAGCGGAUGAUAAGUACUGGCAGAAUAUUGAUCUCUGGGAAGAUGAGGAGAUUGACACGGAGGAGAGUCGGGAGGAUCAUCCCGAGGGGUUUGUGUAUGGGUGUUGUGGGAGGCACUAUGGGGAGGAAGAGUGUAAGGUCGGUUGGCAUGAGGAGGAAGCGAGGGAUCGGAAGAGGAGGAGGAUUUGA